UCAGUGCAGGCCACAACACCGUGUGGAGUGUUUCUUACGGGCGAGAAGCAAGGAGAAGAGGCGGCCGCCCCUCAGACCCCCCACGGAGGGACUACAGAUCAGCGGGCGUUUGGCUUUUUCAUCGGUCUCAAAACGUUUUCGGUGAAUCGAUCGGGGGCACUCAGUGUUUCUUGAAGAGCCGGCAACAUCGUUUCCGUUUCGACCACCUGUCAGUGAAGGAGAGGGAGGAGUCACAAUGGCGUACGGUCGGCAGGUCGUGAUCUUGAUGGUUAUUGCUACGCUGGCGCUGGCUUUCAAUGCCAAGCCGGCUGAGGGCUGUGUCGGGUAUGUGGGCGGCGACUGCUUCCCGUUCUUCGGGCCCAACGCAUGCUGCAACUGCGACGCCGGCGGAUACGCACUCUAUUGCGAGCCAUACACCUUCGGCCAGGGAGCGUUCAAAUGCCAACACGUGGCCUUCGACAGCCGGUGUGUCACCGAAGCUGACGUGGCUCUCAUCCGCACCCAGUCGGGGAGUGAGCGCAGGCUCAUGUUCUAGGCUAUGCCCGCCUGGGUAAGAGCAAUCGUCACUGCCGAUGCCGAUGGCUUUGCCAGUCCUCAAGUUCAGGAUUCAAAGCAGACUUUAAGUUAGCAAAGAGGUGAGGCUCCGCCUCAGAGAGUUUGAGGGGGAGAGGUACUAGUAUGAGAUCACAAGGAAAGUAAUUACUGUAGAGAGAGUGAGAGAGACUGCAUCAUCUGGGUGACCAUAUAUAAAAUAAUUCAUAGUUGACCUUCUAAGCUGUGUACGUGGCUGCGUAGUAUCACACAAACGAGUCGGCACUCCUUUCUGACAAUGUUACUCCUCGGCAAUCCUUUCCUCCCCUUCCUCCUCCUCCUCCUCCUCCUCCUCCUUCUUUCUCCCUUGCCUCGUGAUCCUCUCCUCCCGUCGCAUGUUCCCCUCGUCCUCGACUUCCCCUCGUCCUCCUCCUCCUCCUCCUCCUCCUCCUACUCUGCUGGAAAUGCUGUUCUUACUGCCAUCGAUUGUUCACCCUUGGGACCUUGGGUACUUGUAUGAAUACUGUCAUUGCUUCUCCUACUGUGAG